AAUCAAAAGCGCGGUUGCCUUGGCAGCGGUUGACGUCACGGCCCCUGCCCAGUCCCUGCUGCGAGAGUGUGUGAGUGGGAGGGAAACCCCGUGGAUCGCACGGGAACUCGGCAGUGAGCUGCAGCUGAGCGGUGCAACCGGAGAUUGAGCGAUCACUCUCACACACAGAAUCAAGCAGCCAUGGACAAGAGCCAACAAGUGCAGAGGGCCAAACUGGCUGAGCAGGCCGAACGCUACGAUGACAUGGCCGCCUCCAUGAAAGAAGUGACGGAGCUUGGAGAGGAACUGACCGACGAAGAGAGGAACCUGCUCUCUGUGGCCUACAAGAAUGUUGUGGGCGCUCGCCGGUCUGCCUGGAGGGUGGUGUCCAGCAUCGAGCAGAAAACUGAGGGCAGCGACAAACAGCAGAUGGCUAAAGAGUACCGGGAAAAGAUUGAGACAGAGCUGAAGGCCAUCUGCAAAGACGUGCUGCAUCUCCUGGACAAGUUUCUGAUCCGCAAAACUUCUCCGGCAGAGAGCCAGGUGUUCUACCUGAAGAUGAAGGGAGAUUAUUACCGCUACCUGGCAGAGGUCGCCACGGGAGAAGAGAAAACCAAUAUCAUCCAGAAGUCUCAGGAAGGGUACCAGGCUGCUUUUGACAUCAGUAAAGACAACAUGCAGUCCACUCAUCCCAUCCGCCUGGGCCUGGCCCUCAACUUCUCUGUCUUCUACUACGAGAUCCUAAACUCACCAGAGCAGGCCUGCGAACUGGCCAAGAAGGCUUUUGAUGAUGCCAUUGCUGAGCUGGACCAGUUAACCGAGGAUUCGUAUAAAGACAGCACACUGAUCAUGCAGCUACUUAGAGACAAUCUGACACUGUGGACCUCUGACAAUCAGGCUGACGGUGAGGACACAGAGGAGGGACGAGAAAACUAAAGCCAACUCUACAAUGAACCUUUCAGUCAGCACAGCGAGAGAUGAUGCUGACGCUUUAAAGUUCCAGCUUCAUACUCACCAGCCCGUCAUUUAUAUGUGUGUUUGGAAAUGAGAGUGUGAAGAAAAGACUGUUUCAUGACUGUAUGUGUACAUGUGUGUUUGUUUGGGGGGCAAACAGCAGCUGUUUGUUUAUUAAACAUGAUUUGGUGGACAACA